CCCGCAGUGACGCCCGGCCGUCGCAAUAGUGUGCUAGUCGGUAAUGCGCUCCGCUGACCGAAUCUUUAACACGUCACGUGCUCCAAGUCGCGCGGAUAUCACAAUAUCAUGGACAUUUCGAGGAUGAUCUACACGAUUCAUACGAUCUAACAACUGGACUUGGAGGUCAUAUUCAAAAGAAAAAUGUUUUGGAUCUCAGUUAUUUUAUUGUUUGCCUUGAACGGGUGUAAUGGAUAUCAGCCAAAGUUCACUGAACCCAUUGGCAACAUCACCGUGCCAGUCGGCCGAGAAGCUAUGUUUACGUGUUACGUUCACGGCUUAGGUGGUUAUAGGGUCGGUUGGGUGAAAGCCGAUACAAAAGCCAUUCAAGCUAUACACGACCACGUGAUAACGCACAAUUCUAGAGUAUCCGUUUCUCAUACUGAUGAUUCAACGUGGAAUUUACACAUAAAAAAUGUGCAAGAAGAAGAUCGUGGUCAAUAUAUGUGUCAAAUAAAUACUGAUCCAAUGAUAAGUCAGAUGGGAUACUUGGAUGUAGUGAUACCACCCGAUAUAAUUUAUGAAGACACUUCUGGAGAUGUAAUGGUACCUGAAGGAGGAACUGUGAAGUUAACAUGUAGAGCCAAAGGCUACCCAAAACCACACGUUUUGUGGAGAAGAGAAGACGGACGAGAAAUAGUUAUCAAAGACGCCAGUAGCACUAAAACUAAAGUUACCACAUACCAGGGUGAAGUGUUGCGGUUGACCAAGGUCAGCAGAUCCGAGAUGGGAGCUUACCUGUGCAUUGGGUCAAACGGAGUGCCACCGUCUGUUAGCAAACGCAUCACGGUCAGCGUACACUUUCACCCAGUGAUUUCAUCGCCUAGUCAGUUGGUCGGCGCUCCAAAAGGCACCGAAGUCAAGUUGGAAUGUAAUGUCGAAGCAUUCCCAAAAUCUAUAAAUUACUGGGUUCGAGAGAGUGGUGAUAUGGUAAUAACUAGUGAUAAAUAUCAGACGAAUAGCUCGACCAAGUCCAUAUUCGAGGACCAAAUGGUGUUGACCAUAAAAUCGGUAGAGAAGUACGACUUGGGAUCGUACAGGUGCAUAGCGAAAAAUUCUCUCGGCGAAGUGGAGAGCAACAUCAGAUUAUACGAGAUACGAGGCUUGGACGAGAACGAAGACGACGACAUCGGCGACCUGUCAGACCUCUAUCCCGAAUCAUACACGGAGACUCACCACGUCUAUGGUGGUGGCGGUACAGGUGGUGGUGGCGGUGGAGUUGGCGGAAAUGGCGUAGGCGACUACAGGAACAGGACCAAGCACAGACACCACGCGGACGCAUAUCCACCCACACCCAGCCCAAGUGCAUCCACCCGAUUGGUUCCGCCGUUCUACCGGACUUUCGAGUACCUCUGACACGCGGUUCCCGUCUGGUAAGCACGUGAUGAGCGUCUGCCAGACGAGCGUGGUGCACGUGGUUCUUCCUAACCGGCGUUCGUCGACACUGAUGCGACUAAGCCGCAAGUACACUCUACCACCGCGUUGGUGUUACCGCCGAGUAUCGACGAGAUCGCGAUAAUGAUAAAAUAUAUGAUAUUAUAAUGAACAAUAAAAAAUUUAAAAAACAAUAAUUAUAUUAGACCCAAUAACAUUCCGCCUAUGUCGUAGCCGCAUUAGGUUAAACUUCCCGCCUGACUAAAUAGUACCUACCCAUUUAUCUGUCAACUUGCCGACUUCUCGUGUACAUAAUAUUUUAGACCACUACCAGCAGAAAUUCGUCGUUGUGCGCGACUUGAUUUUUUAAACACCUAAGCUCUUAGUGUCGAUAGAAAAUUCGUAAAUUCUUACAGCGUUCUUAUACUAAUAUAUAGAUAUGCAUACGAGGGGUGUAAAAAAAUACCCAGACAUAAAUCUGUCUAUAUAGGUAAAUCUAUACAACAGUCGAUAAUUAUUAAUUAAUUUACACAAAAAAUAAACAAAAUAUAUGUUUUCCAGUAUAGGGUUUUAAAGUUAAAAUCGUUUUCUCAAACCAUUAUUUAAACUAUUGUACAAUAUCUCGAGUUCACGUCGAAUUCUAAAAUAAUAAUAGCUGAACAACUCGUGUAAAGUAUAAUUUUCGUUUGACAGUCAAUAAAAAAAAAUGUUACCGAAACUUUCAAAUUGAUAAUGUUAGAUUUUUAAGAUAAUAAAAUCUUUAAGUAGUUCUUUAACUUUUUACUAGGUCAAGUUAAUCCUGCAUCCUGACAUUUCAUGAAGUCCCCUCAUAUUCACCAUAGUCACCGCGACUACGGCUUUUUAUUAUUCCCAAAACUAAAUCUACCCUCAAAGGCUAGGGAUAUGAAGAAGUUAAUGAGACUGCUCACGAUGUGAUGAAUGGGAUUAAAGUUAUAACUUAGGCGGAAACACAAAGGUCUUUUCAAAGGAUUUAAGAACCGUUAGAAGCACUGUAUUGAACUCUAAAAGACAAUAUUAUUUUGAAUGCGGUGACCCAUUCAGUAGGUAUGUAAGUUUCAAAUAUAUUGAAUAAUAACAUAUUUUUCCUGAUUGGUAUUUUUCGAACACGUCUCGUAUGUCGUACGUUGUCUGGGGAUUUAGAACGUUUUAACGGUUUUUUUUCUACGUUGUAUGCGUUUUUCCGAAACACCCCGAACAUUUCCGACCCCACCACGCCAAAUGUGGAGGCGCUGCCUACAGGCGUUAUUAUUUUAAUAUUACAACAAUAAUGUAAUUUAGGCGCCUAUGUCUCGAGAGCCUUAAUGCAAUUAUCCCGGUCUCCAGACUCCCUGUUCCUCUUACACAGGUAUGAAUAACAUAAUAUUAUUGUGUAAUAUGUUUAACAAUUUGUUGUGAAUACUCAUUAUUACGAUAAUUAUUAU